AUGGAAGAAGAAAAAGAAAAUAAAAUUGGCUAUGUUGAUGCAUAAUUUAAUGGAAGGUUUAUUAAGUGCUUAUUUCAAUUAAAGCCAAAAAUUGAAUCACAUAAUGAUUAUAUGGUACUUAUAUACAUAGAUUGGUCUUUGUUUAUAGAUUAAGAUUUGGAAUUUGUUUAGAGAAAUAGAAUCCCUUUGAUGUAGAUGAGAGGUUAAGAUUUUUAUAUUUUCCUUGAAAAUCAAAGGAAAUAUAAUUAUUGUUGA